AAGGAAAGGUUCCAGUAAAUGGGAGCCCAGAAGCUUAUUGGAGAAGCUGCGCUGGGUGACCCUUGGUUACCAUUAUAACUGGGAUACUAAGAAGUACUCAGCAAAUCACCACACUCCUUUCCCCUCAGACCUUGCAUUCCUGUCAGAACAAGUGGCUGCAGCCUGUGGGUUCCAGGGUUUCCAAGCCCAAGCAGGGAUCUUGAACUACUAUCAUUUUGACUCUUCACUGGGAAUUCAUGUGGAUGAGUCUGAACUAGACCAUUCUCGGCCCCUUUUAUCAUUCAGUUUUGGGCAAUCCUCAAUAUUUUUGCUUGGGGGCCUGAAGCGGGAGGAAGCCCCAACAGCAAUGUUCAUGCACAGUGGAGAUAUCAUGGUGAUGUCUGGCUUCAGCCGUCUGCUGUACCAUGCUGUCCCCCGAGUCCUCCCUAAUCCUGAAGGGACAGCUUUGCCUUCCUGCCUGGACCAAACACUUUCUUCAGACCUUCCUGUUGGCUCAGUCAUUGAGCCCAGCUCUGAUGAGGAUUGGCAGGUCUGUGCCAAGUACUUGCAGUCUUCCCGCAUUAAUAUGACUAUUCGGCAGGUGUUGACUGAGGGUCAGAAAUUUCCAGAGGAAUCUGGGACAAACAGAAACAUCCAAGAACCCUCCGAAGACAGUCACCAUCAGGAGAACAGCAGAGCCAAGAGACAAAAACCAAAUACAGACAGCUGA